UUUUGUCUUCCUCUCUCCACCGCCCUUCCACCGCCCCGUCUCCUCGUUUCCCCACCUUCGACUUUAAUGCUCGACCCCUUUUAAUCCCCGCUGCAUUGGCUUUCCAUUUAGAGGGAGUUUUACACACUGUUUGAUCGGAAGGCUCUGCUAUUCCUUCCCGAAGUGUCGCCGGAUUCCUGUUGGUGGUUUCCUGUUUGGUGACUGUGUGUGUGAACCUCGCUCCGAUUGAUUGCGUGUAUCGCCGGAUUCCUGACCGUUGGAUUCCUGUUUGGUGAUACACUGUGGAUUUUGGUGGCUGUGCAAAGCGAGACUUGAGUGCCGAUUAGUUCUCCCUGUUUCCCUGAGCCUUGAUCAUUGAGCUGCCGGAAGAAGCCAAGUCUACCGUGGGAAAAUCUGAGCCAAAGUGUCCCGAGGACACAUUUUCCCACCUUGAAUCUUCUCUGGACUUUCUUCUUUUUCUGUUUUCUUUUGUUUCCCUCUUUGAACUGUUAACUUGCUGUGUUUCUGGUGAUUUGCAGGUACACGCAGGUAGUAGACGAAGCUGGAGGUGAAGAGAAAUAAGGAGAAGAAGAAGAAGUCAAAGGAGAAGAAUCUAACUGUGAACCUUGGCACUAGAGUGCCGUGUGAAGGCGGCAGGACGGUCGGGAACCAAGCGGUGAACCUCCGGCUAGGCGAAGAUACCCAACAGGCUUCCUUUUCUGGAACCUCCAAAAUCAUCGGCAAUGGCGGCUUAUGCAGCUCUGCUUUCUCUCUCGACAAUCAAUCAGAUCCAAUUCCUUCAGAAAAAGGCUGAUUUCAUAGAGGCCUAUAAUCACGGUGGAGGUAGUAAACAGGCACAACAUCUCGAGAGACAAAUCUCGCACGUGAUUGAAUCGUGGAUCGAAUUCAUUCUGUAUCCAAUCAAGCAAGCCUUGGAUGCACGGUCGAUCUGCAGCAGAGGGCUUCCUCUGUCGGUCACUGUGAUCGGAGGGCUUCUUCAGAAGUCAGCUAAGACAGUUGAAUAUUGGCACAAUGUGUUAGAAAACAUUAGAUCAAUUUUGAGUUCAGGAGAGGGAGACCAAUGCUUAAAUGUGUUGUAUUCGAGUUAUAGCCAUUUGCCUGCUCAUCUGAAGCCAUGUUUCCUUUAUAUGGGGACUUUUCAAGAGGAUCGCGAGAUUCCAGUCUCGCGAACUGCUGAGGGAUUUCUAAAGCCCAAAGCUGCUCGAGUCUUGGAAGAGGUUGCAGAGGAUUACUUAAAGGAUCUCAUUGACAGGAACCUCGUUUUAGUUGGUAAGUAUCGUAAGAAUGGAAAGGUUACAUCUGUCUGCAUUCAUGAUCUUCUCAGAAACCUAUGCAUAAGCUUAGCAGAAAAAGAUAAGUUCUUUUCUUCUGCGAGAGUUUGGUAUGCGAGUGAGGAUUCUUCAGUGGGAGAUCUAUCAAGGAAGUGUAAGCUGCGGUUCUUUGCUUAUAAUCCUGCUAAUUUCGCUGAGUUCGAUCUUACUUCUUCAAUAUCCUUUGUUUAGAAUCUGCAAACGUUGAUCUUUCAAGGAAGGUGUGGACUAGUCGAUGCACCAGCUGAAAUUUGGGAGAUGUCACAACUCAGGCACGUCGUGUGCAACAAAAUUCGUCUCCCUGAUCCUCCCCUGAGUGACCAGGAAGAUGACGCUUGUGUCUUGAGGAACUUGCGAACACUUGUGCAAGUAGUGAAUUUCAGAUGGACGGAGGAGGCGUGCAAGAGAAUUCCCAACAUCAAGAAACUGCGCGUGGUUUUUGAUGAUGUCUGGACAGAUUACGAAGAUUGCUUGUGCUUACACUAUCUCCACAAUCUCAGCUCUUUACAAAAGCUCGAAUCACUAAACAUGAGGUUCCCUUUCUGGCAAUGAUUGCCUUUCCCACUUUCCUAGACUCUCUUGUUCUUCCUUUAUUUUCAUUGCCGAAAUUUCAGCAGACUCACUGCAUCUAACCACACUGAUAAUUUCAAGCGUCGGAAUUUCUCCAAUAUCCAAAGGGAUCUCUUCCAUGUGCAUCAAUCCCACAAGCCUAAGCUUCUUCAAAACUGGGAAAUGGGAGCUGUCAGCAUCCCAACAUCUCAGAUCACAUUUGAUAACUGGACUCCAGUUGUGUCCCUUGACGGAAUCUUCUAAAUGGGGCAAAGAACCGAUGAUUGUCAGAUCAUUCCAGACAAGACUGCAGUUUGACAGUAACAGCUUCUUCAGAGAUACCGGAAAUGCACACUUGAGCCGAUCUGCAUUGCAUGAGGAUAGUUUAGGAGUUUAUGUAGGCUGCCACAAACAAUCAUCAUAUCCUUCCAACUCAUCAUCGUAGAUUAGAUGCAAUUUGCUGGUGUUGGGAAUUCUCUUACAUACCAGAGAACGAAGAAGCUGCGCUGACUUCAGCAAUCUCGAUGAAGUCAUGACAUAUGAAGCGACGCUCCUUGGCUGACUUCAGCCCCUCUGUUUUUCACCAUUCAUUAUUUUCGAGCCGAUCUUCCUCUAUUUUACUAAACAAUUUCCAACUUCUAUCCUCAUUUCCCCCCUUUUUAGUUUAAAUCUUUUUUGUUGCAUUUCAAUUAGCCGGGUUAUUGGGUGGCUAUCAUUUUUAUCCAAAUUUCAUUGUUUAAUGAAUUGUAUAUGAGACUAGUUAUCUAAAUUCUUAUAUCAGGAAAUUUGAUAAGAAUUUCAUUAUUCAA